AUGGGCAAGGGAAGUCGUUCAAGACGUUCCUCAACAAGAAAUUUUAAUACUCCCAAAAAUUCGAAUAUUGAUUAUUCUGAUAUAAAGGAUGAACGAUCUGGAGAAAAUAAACAGCGAUAUGUUUCAAAGCGGAGAGACGACGACCCCGGAUGGGUAGAGGAAGAGCCACCAUACUAUUUCCUCUUUACAACUUACCUGUCAUAUCUAGUUUUAAUUUGUUUCGGUCACUUAAGGGACUUCUUUGGCAAGAGAUUUAGAAGUAAAAACUAUAAGCACUUGAGGGAGCAAAAUGGUUAUGCACCUCUUAAUUCUGAUUUUGACAAUUUUUAUGUCCGUCGUCUCAAACUUCGAAUCAACGAUUGUUUUAAUCGUCCGGUCACUGGCGUUCCAGGCAGAAAAAUUACACUUCUUGAGCGUGAAACAACAGACUAUUGCAAGACAUUUCAAUUAACUGGAAACACUAGGGAAUGUUUGAACCUAAGUAGUUAUAAUUAUUUGGGAUUUGCUCAAGCCGACGGACCUUGUGCCGAUGCAGUUGAGCAAACCAUAAGAAAAUAUGGAAUCACAACAUGCAGUCCUCGAGCUGAAGUUGGUUCAUCUGAUCUUCACCAGAAAGUUGAAUCCCUUGUGUCACGGUUUCUCGGAAAACCUGCAGCAAUGAUUAUUUCCAUGGGUUAUGCCACAAAUAGUACAACUCUUCCAGCUCUUGUGUCGAAAGGAUGUCUCAUAAUUUCCGAUGAAUAUAAUCAUAGUUCAAUAGUCUUUGGUAGUCGCUUGUCAGGAGCUUUCAUCCGGGUUUUUAAACAUAAUGAUAUGGAUGAUCUAGAACUUCUGUUAAGAGAAUGUAUUAGUCAGGGUCAACCACGUACACAUCGUCCAUGGAAGAAAAUCUUAUUAGUUGUGGAAGGAAUCUAUUCUAUGGAAGGCAGUAUUUGUAAUUUACCAAAAAUUCUUGAAUUUAAAAGGAAAUACAAGUUUUACCUAUAUGUUGAUGAGGCACAUAGCAUAGGCGCAUUGGGUCCCCGUGGUCGUGGUGUUUGCGAUUAUUAUGGCGUAAAUCCUGACGAAGUCGACAUAUUAAUGGGAACAUUUACCAAAUCAUUUGGUGCGGCUGGUGGUUACAUAGCUGCUAGUCAAGAUAUAAUUGAUCAUUUACGAAUUACGAAUCAUGCUUCGAUAUAUGCUGAGUCGAUGACUCCCCUGCUUUCAACGCUCGUUACCUAA